AUGGCGAGACAAUCUUCUCUCGAUUCAGAACGUCCCAUCAUGGCCCAGUCCAACCGUGCUUCGAAAAGAUUCUCGACCGUAAGCGGAAGCCCUUCGAUUGCCUCGGAGCGUACAACUGGAAGCCUACCGAGCGGCGACCCUAAAGUUACUGAAUAUAAUAACCUUCGCGAGGGCCUGGAUCGUUUGGAAAACAAGCCCCUUACGAAGCAACGAUUUAUCCCUAGCACCGAGAAGACCGACAACCUCAGCAAACUUGCCCUAGGUGCCAAGGUAGAGCGCGCUCUCGGACGGAGAAUGACGGGCCAGGACGCCGUCAUGCGGGCGAAACCUGCGAUGAACGAGAAAGCUGCUGCUUCUGAGCGGUCCUCUUCAUGA